ACAGGGCACUUUGUCACGAUUCACGAGUUAGCUUCCCAGGAAUAUCAUAUCUGAUUCUGAUACUCAUGUACUCUGCCGAACUCCUCAGCUAAAGCCUAGAGAUGGUCUCUGCAAAACCGAUGAGUGCCAAGAACCCUAAAAAUGUGUAUCACAUCGGAGGCCUUCAAGUGGAAUUUCCUUACCAGCCAUACGGUUCCCAGUUUGCAUUCAUGGGUAGAGUCAUCUCUACCCUUAACCGGGCUCAGAGAGAAGGACAUUGUCACGCAUUGCUUGAGUCUCCAACUGGUACUGGGAAGUCUCUUUCGCUUCUCUGUUCGUCUCUCGCUUGGCAGCAGAACUACAAGUCAAAUAAACAUCACACAAAUCUCUCUCACCUGAAGCCCGCUCCAGAAGCAACGACAGACCCUCUUGUUUACGGUGGUGGAUUUGUUCCCGAUGAGGUUUCUCCGACAUCAGAAAAUAUGGAGCUACCAGAGACUGAGGCUAACAAGAUGCAGAAGAAAAAGGCUGCUCCCACUAUAUAUUAUGCUUCGAGGACACACUCACAAAUUUCUCAAGUAAUUCGUGAAUUGCGGAAAACAUCUUAUAGGGUGCCUAUGGCUGUGCUGGCAUCGCGGAAACAUUACUGUACCAAUAAACAUAUAUUAGCCAAAGACAACAUUGAUGAAGAAUGUAAACUGCUUUUGAAAGAUCAGGCAAUAGGAUGCCCAGAAUUCAAAAAUGCACAUAAAGUCAAAAGUCACCCAUCCCUACAAAGAGGAGGAUGUCAUGAGGUACAUGAUAUAGAAGAUCUCGUGAAAGUUGGACAAGCAGUGAAAGGUUGCUCCUAUUAUGCAGCUCGCUCUAUGUCAGAUGAUGCGCAAUUGGUAUUUUGUCCUUAUAGUUAUAUUAUCAAUCCAGUCAUUCGGGGAGCAAUGGAUGUAGAUAUAAAAGGAGCCAUUGUGAUUCUGGAUGAAGCCCAUAAUAUAGAGGAUAUCACUCGCGAUGCUGGUAGUGUUGACAUUGAAGAGGAUGUUUUGGAUAAGCUGCAAAUGGAGCUUCAACAACUUUGCCCUUUCAAUGCUCUGAUAUACCAACCUUUGUAUGAAAUGGUGCUGGGUCUUACAAGCUGGAUAGAACGUAGGAAAAAUAAACUAGAAAAGCGUGAUUUUCAGCACUAUGUAUCUUGUUGGACUGGGUCAAAUGCUUUAACAGAACUGCAAGAAGCAAAUAUUUCACUUCAGUGCUUCCCUAUCUUGCUAGAAUGUGCUACCAAGGCAAUCAAAGUUGCUUCAGAUUUGGAGUCAGAUUUACCACGCUUAAGUGGCAUGUCAGUGAUAACCCUGGAAGGCCUAUUCUCUUCACUAGCUUAUUUCUUCUCAAGAAAUGGUUCUCACAUGCUGGAUUACCAGCUUGCACUGCAGCGAAGUGUGAAGAAAGAAGCUGGAAGAUCUUUGGGAACUUGGACCCACACUUUGAGUUUAUGGUGCUUGAAUCCAGCAGUUGUGUUCAGUGACAUUGCCAAUCUUUCUUUAUCAGUCAUUUUGACUUCUGGGACAUUGUCACCAAUGAACUCCUUUUCAUCUGAGCUAGGAGUUCAGUUUGAAAGUAGUCUGGAAGCUCCGCAUGUAAUUAAUGUUGACUCUCAGGUCUGGCCUGCUAUAAUUUGUACCGGUCCAGGUAAUUAUCCUCUGAAUGCAAGUUAUAAAACGGCAGAUGGAUAUGCAUUUCAGGAUGCAGUUGGGAGAUCUUUAGAGGAAAUCUUCAAAACUGUUCCAGGUGGUUGUCUUGUUUUCUUUCCAAGUUAUAAAUUAAUGGAGAAAUUGUGCAAUCGAUGGUCCGAAACAGGUCAAUGGUCUCGUCUAAAUGCAGAAAAGUCACUUUUUGUUGAACCUCGAGGAGGAAGCCAGGAUGAUUUUGAACUUGCUUUAAAAGGGUAUUAUGACUCAAUUCAUCUUCACACUACGGCUACACUGGGGAGGAAAAGAAGGGUUAAGAAUGGUGGCUUUAGUCACUUACAUGCAGUCAAUUCUCCGAAAAAUUCUAAGAAAGGAGGAGCUGCUUUACUUGGUGUUUGUCGAGGAAAGGUUUCUGAGGGCAUUGAUUUUUCUGAUGAUAAUGCUCGAGUGGUUAUUAUAGUUGGCAUUCCAUUUCCCAACAUAAAUGAUAUUCAAGUGGCACUAAAGAAGAAAUACAACGAUACAUACAAAUCUUCCAAAAAUCUUUUGAGUGGAAACGAGUGGUAUUGCCAUCAAGCAUUUCGAGCUUUGAAUCAAGCAGCAGGUCGUUGUAUACGGCAUAGGCUUGAUUAUGGAGCUGUCAUAUUAUUGGAUGAACGUUUUCAGGAUGAAAGAAAUAGAGCAUUCAUUUCAAAGUGGUUAAGAAAAACAUUGAGGAUAUAUGACAAUUUUGACUUGUCUUUGAAGGGAUUGAAAUCAUUCUUUGAGAAUGCCAAGGAGCAGUUUGGCACAAAUGUCACUCAAAAUUUGAGCUUAAACCAGGAAUGUGACGAAGCCAAGGAUCAUAAUAUGGGAUUUAUAAGAAAGAAAAAUAAGAAACUUUUAAAGUCUGAUAAUGGUGGUGAGAGAACAAUAGAAAUGAUCAAGGACGAGAGUCAGCCAUCUGAGCAAAAGAAUAGUGACGCAUACAACUGUAAAGACUGUUUUGACCCAAAGGACUGCAAACAGUCAGUAUCAUGCUUCACAGGGGUAUUAUCUGCGGCAGUUAUACAUGAAGAAGUCUCCCUUGUGAAGGAAACCCCUUGCAUGGAUGGCAGCAUCAUCCCUGCUUGCCCUGGUUAUGGUUGUAAGGAUGAACACUCUAGCUCCACCUUAAUUGAGGCAUCUUCUGAAUUAAAUGAUCAGUCAAUCCUUCCAAUUUCUUCAAGUAUUGGGAGUAAAGCUUCUUCAACAGCUCAGUGUUUAAUAUCAGUUACUCCUGAAAAAAAUGUAACUGCAAACAGCUGUCAUACUGUGGAAAUAGAAUCAUCUUUAAAUAGGAGUGUUAAUUCUCACACCCAGAAAAGGAGAAAGUCCAUGGACAUACCGUUUAUAAGCCUUAUUGAGGAAAAAAAUUACACCACCCCCUGUGCCAGCAUCCCUUCAAGGCACAAUGUAAGCUUGGUGAAUGUCAGCGAGUUGACAAAUAGAAACGAAUCUGAUUUUCAAAAAAAAGUUAAGUCAAAUUCACUUCAAUCGCAGACAAGGAAUCUGACCUGUUCGUUGUCAUUAGCUGAUCCUCUUAUGGAGAAAAUGUUACAGAUAUUUUGCUCACUUUGCAGAAGCCCGUUGGGUCGGCCUGAGAAUAAUCUAUAUAUUACAUGUUCUUUGACCUUAUCAUCAAAAGUUCACUUAAGAUCUCUUUUGAAACAGAGAUUGAAAGGUUAUAAUGAUGAUGAUUUAAGAAGUGUACCAGUUAUUAUAACUUGCAUUUCAUAUGUUGAUCAACGCAUCUGCAAUAGAGUUAAUGGAAGUGUUCCAGAGCAGGGAAUUUGGUGCCCAGAAGAUGGGUGUGUUUUCAGGUCUAUGUUUUGCCCCUUCUGCAGUAAACCCAACAAUUUGCUUGGGGUACAGAUCAUGGCAACUGAUGCAUCAAAUAAUCAUUUACUUGACAAGAUGUUGUUUUACUUUGAUUUUUUGGAAGUUAAGAAUCUUGAGGAAUCAAGGAGUGAGGCUUCAAAGAAAGCGGAUUUGCUGCCAAAUAGAGGCUCUGGUGUGGAUGAAAUUGCUAUCUUGAAUUCUUUUGACAAAUUUGAGGAGUCAAGAGUCUUGAAGACUGGAAAAUCAAAGAGAUUGCCAAGAUGAGGAUUACUCCCAAUGCAGAAGGCCAAGGUAGGAGCAAAAAAUGAAAAUUGAGCUGUGAAUAAUCAGAUAGGAAUUAUGUGGACAAAUGAGAUUUCAGAAUUUUUUGGACUGAGAUGUAGAUUUCAGAAUUUGGAAGGCACCAGUCUGGGACUUGAUCAUUCUGUACUGAGUUAGAUUUUACCCUCAGCUUUUUGAGGAAGUUAGAAGUAAUGUCGUCCUCUUUAAGGGGACUGCUUCCGGUAAAUUAUUUAAUGGGAUCAUCAACUUGCAAUCUUACUUUGGCUGUCAAAGGCACUUGUAUUAUGGCUGCUGGUUAGGUUCAAAGAUAUAGAACUGUUCCCCCCCCCCCCCUCAAAUACAAGAUAUAAAACUGUUAUUUCUCCUUAUUGGCAUCAAAUAGCAGAUCAUACAACCCCGUCACGUUUGGCCUUCCGUACAGCAAGUUCUGCUAGUCCCUGUCGAAAGAAAUGUGGGGACUGAGCGUUAGGGGUUAACUGGUAAUGGUAAUUACAAUUUUACAGUAGUAGGAACUGACCGCUGAAGCUGUCAUUAAGUAGGCCUUGAUCAUGAUUUGCACGAGCGGUUAUCAGAACACCUAAAAACAUGGUGAGCUCUGAAUGGAAAAUAGGCUAGUCUGCUUGCUUGUUUUUUAAGUUGGUUUUAUUUUAUGAUAUCUGACUACAGGUAUACAGGGUAAUGUAGCAUGAAAUAUAACACGACGCAAUAAAAUGACUAGUACUGCUCAAUACUAGAAGCAUUAAUAGA